AUGGCGGGCUACAGGGCGGCCGGCGUCGUCCUCCUGGCCGCGGCCGCGCUCCUCGCCGCGGUGGCGAGGGCGGGGGACGCCGACGAGACGUGGAAGUGCUUCAGCUCGUGCUCGAAGGCUUGCCACGGCAACGACGACGACGCUGCCGCCAAGGACGACGGCCCCUACGGGGGCGUGGCCAACGUCUCCGCGGUCACCGUCGGCGCCGUCACCGGCGAGUGCAAGAGCGGGUGCCGGAGCGACGAGUGCUUCGAGGGCGUGCAGGCCAUCGGCUACCACCAGUGCGUCUACACCGCCUGCCUCUCAUAUUCUCCGCAUAAAGAAGAGAAGAGGAUGUGCUUGAAGCACUGCUGCCAUAAAUGCUUCCACCACCAUAGCCCGCCUGGGCCUGGACCCACCCCGAAGCCGCCAUCUCCGCCUCCACCUGGUCCCACCCCGGAGCCACCAUCUCCAACUCCACCUGGUCCUGCCCCCGAGCCACCAUCUCCACCUAGUCCUGCUCCGGAGCCGCCAUCUCCAACUCCACCUGAACCCGCACCGGAACCGCCAUCUCCACCUGGUCCUGCUCCGGAGCCGCCAUCUCCCACUCCACCUGAACCCGCACCGGAACCGCCAUCUCCACCUGGUCCUGCUCCGGAGCCGCCAUCUCCGCCAAGUUAA